AUUAGAUAUACGAUACAUCCUUGUGGGGUUCUUAUAAAAACCUGUUCACAGUUAAUUUUCUUUCAGAACUUGCAUUCUUCGUUUCUUUGAAAGAUUUCUACUAGGGUGACGGCUUAGAAAUGCAGUUAGUUAAUAUCCCAACUUCCUCAUUGCUAUUGUUAGUAUUCGGAAUCUUCCAGGGAGAUGUUUUGGUGAAGGCUGUUAACGAAUUCUGUGGCGUUCUUGGAACUCUUUCAGGAGUCAUAUGCGUUACGGAAACUGAAUACAAGCUGUCUCUCGGGGAUUCGGAAGUUUACGCCUGCCCAAUAACAAUGGUUUGUGCAAACCAUCCUGAAAUUUGUGUGAGAAAUGGAGACCCGGAUUGCAUGCUCAGCAAAACUUGUGCACUAUGUCAUAAUGGUUCCGAUUCAACUUGCAUUGCCGAAAAAAAUUACGUAAAGUGUGUGGAUGGCCAACUUGGUACUUCAAUUCAGUACUGCCCAGCUUCAAAGCCAUAUUGCAGUAUGCGGUAUAAUAAUAGUGGAGCUAUCAAUGCAGUUUGCACCAAUCUGGUCCAGCAAAUCGCCUGUGAUGGUAGUCAGGGCACCACCCCUACACCAGAGCCGCCAACAGAGCCUUCCGUUCCAGAACCACCAGAAAAUCAGGAGUGUGCUAACAUAGGAAAGUUCCCGGAUAAGACGGAUACAUCCUGUAGGGGAUAUUACUAUUGCUAUCCUGACGAAAACGCAAAUGGGAAGCAGAUAAUUAGCAAAAUGGAUUUCCUAUGUCCCAUUAAAACAUUUUAUAACGCGGUUACUGAGAAAUGUGUAAAACAGCCGGCUAAUUUUAAAUGUGAAAAUGUAUAAAUAAAAUUGACUCGAUUAAUAGUUUUAUAUCAUACAUCAAAUGUUUUUAGCACUUUUUAUUUCAAUGCAACCAUAGAUGUCAACUCUGGAAACUCAUUAAUAACAUACUAUACAUAACUUCAUGCAAUUAUCGUUUAUCUUGUUGGCAUCUACAUUGCGUUAUUUUCUAAUUUACUCAAAUUUAAUUAGAAACGCAAAUUUUAAGAAGAAAGUAGGCUGUGUUUAUAAUAAAUUUAAUUAUUGAGGGGGUCAUCCCGUGUGAAGGCCGUUUUUUUUGCUUUUAUGAGAUUUUUUUUUGUGAAGAACUGCAAAAAGAUACAAGUACGAAUUUUCACCAUUUAUUAAUUAAUAUCUUGAGUAGGUUUAGUAAUCUUUCCAGCUAGAUAGCAUAGUUCGUUAUUGAAAUA